UCUAGCUGUUAUAAAGCACGUCAGUUGACGCGCCACUUUGAUUUUCUUCAGUUUAUCUAUCUGAUAUUAACCAGAUAGGCAGCAUGCACUGGGAGAAAUCACAGCCAUCAGCCGUGGGCAGGUCCAGGCCAUACCAAGGUGUGCGAGUCAGGGAUCCUGUCAAAGAGCUGCUGAGGAGGAAGAGGAGCCUGGAGCUUCACAGCACCAAGACACUGCCUCCUACUGGGGACGUGGUCUCACACAACAACCAGCCGUCAUUUACACAAGGUAUCUUUGGCUGUGAUGUUGCCAGCGGAUCCCCAGCCGAAGCGCCGACCACAGCUGCUGAUGGAGGGCUGCAGUGUGCGGGGUGGAAAGCGACCAGUCCUGGGCUGCAGGCCGCCGCCAUGUCCUGGUCGACGCCUGACUACAACCAGCAGGACCCCUCAGCUCAGACUCUGACCUACCCAGCCACUCCGACACUUACUAUGCAAACUCUGUGUCCCAGCUACACCAUGCUGACCUACACACACACACCACUGCUGACAAACUUUGGGACCAUACCAGUGGCACCAGCCCCAGCCUCCCUGCCUCAAGUGGAGCUCCAAGACUCAGGGUUGACCUAUCUUCCUUGGGCCCAGCCACUCACCACUAUAUCGACCAUGCCUAAUCACGGGGUGCAGUUUGCCCCGGGUUCUGCAGCGCUGCCUGGGUCGCCUCUGGUACACAUGCCACUGUCCAUGUCGUUGACCGCCAUGAUCCCACAGCUGGAGCCCCAGGGUAUGGACCCUCAGCCCGAGAUCCUGGAGAUCCCCGAGCAUUCAGAGCAGCAAGCUCAAGGUCAGUCUCUGAACGAAGACCCGGAGGUUGAGGCGGAAUCACCAAACCUACUGGACAAACUUCUCGAGGAUCACAAAGAACAUGGUGAGGAGGAGGACAAAGACUCGUACAGAAGCUCCCUCUUCAUACCCAAUGUCUGAAGAACAUUUUUUUAAAAUAUGAAAUCAGUAUUUUUACCUUUACAUUUCUUUUUUUUUCCCUCGGGGGCAAGUGCCUAUUGGCCUUUUUGUGUAACUUGAUUACCACAGAUUCUGUCUAUUAUUAAGCCUUUGAGGUCUAACCUAUCUAACUUACCCAAACCAAGUGUUUUCUGUGAUUUGUAAGCAAAACUUGAAAUAGUUUCUCUUAGUUAUCGUGUUUUUUUUGGUGUCCCUGUUGCAAAGACUUGUAAGAAAACAAUGAAAAUCCAGAAAGCGAUUAUUUUGAAAGUAUACAGUAGAGUCAGGGUUCAGGUACGUGUUACCACACAUUAUGACCCAGACUUCACAGAACUAUUAAUUUCUUGGAUAAUUGGGAAUCACACGUCUAUAAUUAUCCAUGCUGGCUCAUACUUAAUAAUAAUAACAAUAAUAAUAAUAAUAAUAAUAAUAAUAAUAAUAAUACAGUUUAUUUAUAGGCGCCUUUCAGACCCUCAAGGUCACCUUACAAAAACACGUGAGCAAUAGCAGCAUAUAUUAAACAUGGCAAAAUCAAAUUUAGAUAGAUAUAAAAUAAAUAAAUAGAUAUAAAAACUGAGCAAGGUAAAGACUCUUCUGGAUUAUUGUGACCUGAGUUUUAUUUUUGUAACUGCUCCUGACUUCCUGUUAUUACAUUUUCAUUAUGUUCAUUUGAUUUAUUAGAAAUUAGUUUAGUGUGCAGCAAUAAACAGAACUGAAAGACAAAUCAUUUCUUGCAUAGAGACUAGUGUAAUUCUAGUAGUCUGUUACCUACAGUGCAAAGGUCUUAAGCAAAGGCUUCAUAUCUUUAUAUCGUCAAUGGGAAAUGGGCACGGCGCAUUACAUACAUGUAAACACAGUAUAUUUGUACAAUGAGCUUAGAAGUCCAUAUUUGGUAUGACCACAGAGCCUUACCUGAAAUCACAGGCAAGUUUCAUGUGACUUUUAAAAGCCUCCUUCAAGUUUUUCUUUGGAUGUUGGACGCAGUGUUUUGCAGCUUGUAGUGAAAACCAUUGCAACAUUGUUCAAGAUGAACUU